AUGGAUGCUCAAGGUCACAAAAAUACCCAAAAAUUCGACAAAAUUGAGAUAUAUGCCGAAGGCGAGCGAAGCAAAGCUUUCGACGCAGUCGAUAAGAUCAGGGAGUUACAGAUCGGAGAAAUUUCUCUUCCCCAGUUGGUCGCCGUGGGCGACCAGUCAUGCGGCAAAUCGUCGCUCCUGGAAAGUAUCACUGGGAUUUCCUUCCCAGUUGGAAGCGACCUUUGCACACGAUUUGCUACCCAGAUUGUGCUCCGUCGUACCGAUGCUACGGAUGCUUCGGCCGUCGUCCAGGCUACUAUCCUACCUGGGCCUGGGUCUAUCUCCAAGGACGCCACUCGAAAGAAACUUGAGAGUUUCCGCCACGUCUUCAAGGAAUCUGAAUUUGGUCCGAAGGAGUUUCGUGAUAUUAUCAUCAAGGCUGGAAAAGCAAUGGGUAUUGAAAACGAGGUCGACGAGAUGGUUUCCGGGAAACGGUUCUCCGAUGAUAUACUGAAGAUAGAGCUUUCGGCAUCCCACCAUCCUCACCUUACGAUCGUUGAUGUCCCUGGUCUUUUCCAUAAUCCCACCAAACAUCAAACCGAGGAAGAUCAAGUUCUCAUCCGCAAGCUGAUUGAAAAUUUUACUGAAGACAAGAGAACCAUAAUAAUGGCUGUUAUGGAUGGUCGCAACAACCUCGCCAUCCAAGAAGUUUUUAAGAUGGCUCGAACUGCCGAUCCGGAAGGAAGGCGAACAGUUGGUGUAAUAACCAAAUGUGAUGUCGUGCAGCCAGGCGAGGAAAAUGUCCCAAUGAACAUCGCGGCAAACAAAGUGGAAUAUCUACGGCAUGGGUGGUUUGUCGUCAGGAACCGUUCGACCAAAGAAAGCAAUCAAAGAAUCACGGCGGACGAGCUGCGAAAGCACGAGAAUGAGUUUCUCAAGAAGGACCCUUGGUGCACCCUCGACCCACAACGUGUCGGAGUCUCCAAAUUGAAAGAAUUCCUCGGUCGCCUCCUCCACGAGCAUAUCCAAAGCGAGCUUCCCAGGCUUGCAGAAGAAAUCAAUGCGAUUAUUAUCGAUUCAACCGAGAAGUUGGGGACUCUCGGGGAGGCCCGCACCGAUCUUAGCAAACAGCGGUUCUACCUGACCCUUCUUGCCAAAGACUACGAAAACAAGGUCACCGAAUAUCUUAACGGGCAGAUCGGACAGAUCCUACCAAAGAGCCAUCCACUGAAGGUCCGUACCCGCGUCCAAGACUUGCAUGACGAAUACGCAGCAGCUAUGAAGACCAAGGGCCACAGUCGCCCUUUCAAAACCAUGGAUGGGCGUGACGAAGGAAGAGAUUACAACCUCGAGGCUACGGACCAGGUCGGAGAGGAUUUAUCCGAGCCACGUGAUAUCAUCGAAUGGAUUAGCAAGGCCUACCAUGGAUCGCGAGGCCCGGAGCUCAGACCUUUGAUAAACAACGAUGUAGUGGCGUGUCUCUUUCGGGAUCAGGCUAAGAAUUGGCGCACGGUAACGGAAAGCCAUAUCAAAUCUGUAGUGGAUGUGGUUAAGGAGUUCAACUCGGCUCUCCUUACUCGAAUCAUCACUGAAGAAACCGUUAGAAGGAGAAUUACGAUGCGAAUCACGAAGGAGAUGGCCCACAGUAUCGCUGCAGCUUACGAUCUGCUUGAGAAUCUGAUCGAAGAUGAGUUUGGCGGCAUCCUGCAAACGGUUGAUGACGAUUAUAUGGCUGCAUUGAACAAUUCAAAGGCAACAAGAAUACAAUUCCGCCUCAUGGGCAACCUAGUGAAAGAGAUGGUAUCACAGAAGAUAGGGAAGAUAGGGAAGAUAUCUAAAAGCGAAGAAACACCGAACGCGGAUGUCAAGCAUAGUUCCUUCGACCCAGCCGCAGCUUUAGCCGACUGGCUAAACAAAGCUACAGAUGCUUUCGCAGGCAAGAACGUGGUAGUCGAAGAUAUCCACGAUAUCUUAAAAGCAUACUACCCGAUCGCGCUCAGAAGGUUCAUUGCGACUGUCAACAGUCAAGUUGUCGAGAGAAAGCUACUUGGCAAAGAUGGUCCGCUUCGACUGUUCAGGCCAGAUUAUAUUACCGUGUUGGAAGACGAGGAGCUCAAUACUAUUACUAGGGAGGAUACCCAGAUCGCGAAUCUACGACAGGAGCUGCAGUCACGUCUUGAUCGGGCUACGAGAGCUCUCGAGGCGGCGAAUUCUAUCUGA